GGAGAAGAAGGAAGCAUCAUAACCGGCCAAAGCUUCUCUCUCUUCCAUUUAUCCCCCAUAAAUAAAACUAGGUGAAAAAAAUAUACUCUGUGCUUCUCAUGAUGAUAGUGUAGCUGAAGCUGCUUCUGCUGCAGCAUUGGUGAUUUGGACACAAAAAAAGUUUCAAACUUUUCAGUUCUCUGAGCUUCUGGUUUAUCAAUUUUGAAGGAGUUCAAUACUUUACCCUAUUAGUUGGUUCCCUGAAAUUUGUAUUGGUAUUGCUGUAUCAGAAAUUCUUCUGAACAAUCCCUUUAAUCAACCAUGUCAUUAUUGGCUAAACUACGCUGUGUCACCAUAGAUGUUACUGGUACCCUAAUGGCUUACAAAGGGGAGCUCGGUGACUAUUAUUGCAUGGCAGCCAAAGCUGCAGGCAAACCUUGCCCAGACUACAAACGUAUGCACGAGGGUUUUAAGCUUGCAUAUAAGGAAAUGGCAAAGAAUUAUCCAUGUUUUGGACAUGCAGCCAAAAUGCCAAACAUUGUGUGGUGGAAAACCUGUGUGCGAGAUUCUUUUGUCAGGGCUGGAUAUGAAUACGAUGAAGAGACAUUUGAGAAAAUCUUCAGACGUAUAUAUGCGUCCUUUGGUUCAUCUGCUCCAUAUACUGUAUUUCCAGACUCCCAACCGUUUCUUAGAUGGCUUCGUGGAGAGGGUCUCAAAGUUGGUAUUGUGAGCAAUGCCGAGUAUCGAUAUCAAGAUGUGAUUCUUCCAGCUUUGGGUUUAAACGAGGGAUCUGAGUGGGACUUUGGUGUGUUUUCCGGCCUUGAAGGCGUCGAGAAACCAAACCCGAAAAUUUAUGAGAUUGCACUUGAGAGGGCCGGAAAUAUUGCACCUGAAGAAGCUUUGCACAUCGGGGACAGCAUGCGCAAAGACUAUGAGCCAGCUAAGAGCAUAGGGAUGCAUGCACUAUUGUUGGAUAGGUUUAAGACCCCAGAUGCUGUGGAAUGGAGGAAAUCUGGUGCAGUUGUUCUUCCUGAUUUAUUGGCAGCAAAAGAAUGGCUCUCUUCAGAUAAGUCAAAUUGCUAGAGAUUAGAGAAUGGCUCUAUCUUUGCUCAAGUAGUAUUUAUGUAUCAUCUUCACCCCUCAAAUGAUAUUACUGAGGCUUGUGACAUUCUACCAUUACAUAUGUGGCUGAAUAUUUCUCUCUAGAGCCAUACUUGAGAAUCUGAUGGCUAAGAGUUAGAUGUAGCUCAAACUUAAUUUGGCAAUACAAAUAUAUUCGAAAGUAUCUCUCUUUUUUA